UCUCUCUAUUAUAUCUCCUCCCUCUCUCCCACUUCCUCAUUACUCUCUUGGUCUCUCUCGCUCUCUCUCCCUUUCUUUCUCUCUCAUUGACACACGCAGACAAACUACAGUAUAUGUAGAGGAGGAAAGAGAUGUUCAGACAUCCGUUUUCACAGCUGUCUUGUGACAACCUAUUUUAAACAUCAACAUGGACUUCAACUACCAGCGCUUAAAAGAUGUUGAAAGCAGGCGAGAGGAGCAUAUCAGCUGCCCGCCUAUCCAACCCCGAAAGCUUGUACCACACCAGCAUUCUGCUCAAGACCCGCCCACCCGGCAGACUCCUCCAAUCAAACCCAGGAGGAGCUUAAAGGUUCCCAAAACCCCCCGGGAGGAGGUGGCGGCUCUACCAGCCAAACAAACCAUUGGCCAGGAGAAUAAGACAGUAGUGAAGAGGGUGUCUCCUGCUCUGACUCUGGGUGGCCCCGGGCCCCUGAAGCCCUUGUCUCCGUCCCUUCGGGCCCACACCAUGCUGUGGUUCGAGAGGACACAGCUCCUCCGCCUGCGUCAGCCUGGCCACCCCCUACCCCGCUGGCUACAUGGCUUCGCCACACGCAGGGAGGCAGAGGAGCUUCUGAAGGACAAGCAGCAGGGCUGUUUUCUGAUCAGGCUCAGCGAGUCAAAGAUUGGUUUUGUACUCUCGUACAGAGGAAAGGAUAGAUGCCGCCAUUUCAUCAUAGAGGAAGAAGAGGGUGGCAGAGGGGCAUGUUACCUCAUCGCUGGGGAGGAGAGUCGCCAUAGAAGCCUGCAGGAGCUGGUCAGCCACUACACCCAGAAUCCCGUGGGGCCCUUCAACGAGAUUCUCAACACGCCCUGUGACGAGUCCAAUGAAAGUUUUGAGAGUACAGUUAAACUGGGGUUGCAGGAUGAAGUUGGAGAGACAAUGAAAGGGACUGAAAAGGAAGCCACUGUACGGUCAUCAACUGCACCCUCGGCUCCUGACACUGCCCGAGUUCAAGAGAUAUUGGCUAGCUCAGCCCCUACAGAUGACGGGGUGCCAGAGUAUGCUGUGGUCAGGAAGGUGCUCAAGAAGUCCUGUUCUCUACCAGAAAGCCAGUUUAGGGAACUGAUGGAGGUGACAAAAACUGGUGUUAGCUGUGUAGGAGCAUGUGGGAGAGGUGAUGACGACACCGAAGCACUGUACGCUCAGGUCAACAAGCCACCAAGCAUGCUUUCCCAGGCAGACAUAACUCCCAAAGUCAAUGUGGGCAACCCACCAGGCCAGAGGGCGGAGGCAGCGUCCUCCAUCCUGCUCACGAGCAGUGGCUCCGAAGAGGACCCGAGUUACUGGAAGCUGGAGCCCCUGCACACCUACGAGGAAACCCCUCAUCUGGCCCAACACGAAGAAGAAGAGGCAAAGGAACACAUUGACUUCUACGCCAUGGGGCGCUGGCGGGAUGCCGAGAGGAGCGCAGGCGGGCAAGACCCCCAGCAUCACAUCUAUUCAGAGGUGAACCUAAGGAGAGAGGCCCCCAGUCAUGUUCCCUUUCCAGCCAGGACAGCCCCCAACCGGCCUUUACGACCGCCUCGCAGGGCCGUUAACUGCCCCCCUCGAUCAGACGGAAGUGUGCAGCGAUGUGGAGAUGCCAUCUUUUCUUCCCCAUCCCAACAUGGGGUCUUUCUGCCACCUCGUUCAGAACGACCUUUGACUGAUGACUCAGGCACCAGCAUCUACGAACAGAUCCCAGCGAGGCCAACCAGCUCAAAGCCUUCACUGCCUCCACCCAACCCCUGACCACUCUUUACUAAGACCCUGUCAUACAACCCCACUUGUAAACCUUAAUGACGACCCGAUAUCAAACUAUAAACCCUAAGCACACUUCACCCAAGACCCUCUCUGCAAUUAUCAUUUAACAAAAUAAUGACAACCCCACCAUAUUUUAAGCCUUACUGUACACAACAGAUUAUGGUAUAUUUUCUAUUUAACUCGAGGUUUGAUCAUCCUGAAGUCUCUGUGUACCAAAAAUGCAUCUACAGAAGUUGUGCCCCAAUCUACCCUUGAAGAGUACACUUGCACACUACCCCACAAAAAGAUUGACAGAAUGGUAAACAAGAAUCUCACUUUAUAAAACCCGGCGUGUUUGUUUAUUUCCCAAACAUGAAGUUCCAAGUCACCUGAGAAAUUACUUUCUGUAGAAAUUACUUUCUGUAGAAAUUACUUUGAGGGUUUCAAAUUUAUUACAAAAUAAAAUGCAGCCAUUCUUGCAUUGUA